CACCAUGGCAGCUCCAGGGUACCCUGUUCCUCAGCCCAGUUAUCCUGCUGCGUCUCCCCCUUACCCGGUGGCUCAGCCGCAUCCUGCCCCUCCUGCUCCCAGUCCCGGCUUCAACGUCUACCCGGCCCCUGUGGCAGGGCAUGGGGUCCCUCCGCAGCCUCCCCCGCGGGGGUAUCGAGAGCAGGCCCCUGCGCCUCCGCACCACCACCAAGCGCCGGACCCCCAUGCCACCAUCACCCCUUACAUGCCCGUCGGCACAGGCAUCCCUCCCGGCUUGGAGUAUUUCACACAGAUCGACCAGCUUUUGAUACAUCAGAAGGUGGAGCUUGUGGAAGCGUUCCUCAGCUUUGAGGGCAACAACAAGUACGAGAUCCUCAACAGCCUGGGACAGCAGAUCUUUCACGCAGAGGAGCAGAACGACUGCUGCACGCGCAACUGCUGUGGCUCCCUGCGCCGUUUCUCCAUCAGGGUGGAGGAUCCCUCGGGCCGCGAGGUCUUGCGCAUCGUGCGCCCGCUGAAGUGCGUCAGUUGCUGGUUCCCAUGCUGCCUUCAAGAGAUGGAAGUACAGUGUCCUCCUGGGAUCACGAUCGGGUACGUGAUCCAAACGUGGCAUCCCUUCACGCCCAAGUUCUCCAUCCAGAACGCCGAGAAGGAGACGGUCUUGCGGGUGUUGGGCCCUUGCUUUGCCUUCAGCUGUGGUGGUGAUGUCAACUUUGAGGUGAAAACACGGGAUGAGUCUCGUGGCGUGGGGCGAAUCAGCAAGCAGUGGAGCGGCCUCCUCAAGGAAGUCUUCACUGACACGGACAACUUUGGGAUCCAGUUCCCCAUGGACUUGGAUGUGAAGAUCAAGGCGGUGCUGCUGGGGGCGUGCUUCCUCAUUGAUUUCAUGUUCUUCGAAAAGACCGGUGAAGUCGGGCAGCGGAGCUCAGUGAUCACAAGCUAGAAGGGGGCCGGAUCCAGCUCUCUCCCCACCCCCCACCCUGACGAACCGCAUUCCAGUUCUUAAAAGAGGGGGUGGUGUGAGCACGGUGGCCUUU